AUGGCGCAGACGCUCGGUCAAUUCAGCGUAAUCUGGGGCGGCAUUGGUUUUCUGACAGCAACCACAGUAGUGGGGAGCAUUCCCCUCAUCGUCGGAGCGCCGCUUUUCGAGGCGCCGGCAGCGGCACGGAUGGUUAUCAAAUGCGCCUGCGACUUGAUCCUCAUUCUCGAUCAAGCUUUCCAGGAGGGUGGCAAGAGCGUGAGCCGGGAAAAGAUCGAGCGCACGACAGCCAUGUACACGAAGAGCAAUGUCCCGGGUAUAGAAGAUGACACCCAGGUUAUGAAGUCUCGACGAAGACUGGUUCAUCAGGAGAUCAACAAGCUCAUACCUCUUGUGUCAACUAUAGCAAUGGAAGCGCUUCGAAAGAAGAGUGCAACAGUGGCUCUGAGUGCAUACCGACACAAGAGUGUUUCAGAAUACCGGGAUGGCAUAAGGGAGAUCCUCGCGAAGCACAGAAUUCCACCGCCCGAAAGUACUGAAUUGGACAAUUCCGACGUUGCGUCUGUAGGAUCAGACACACUGUAUUCUGGCUCGGUGUUCUUCGAUAUUCCAGAGGAUAAGGAAGAGAUGAAUCAAUUCUUAGGAGGGGCAGGUGAGGAUAUAGCCGAGCUCAACAGGGUCGAUGUUCGUGUGUGA